AUGCUUUUCAAAUUUGCUGCAAUUCGUGUAAAAUCGUUACUUUUACCAAAAAUAAAGCUACCAAUUGCUUACCAGAUAAGAAAAGCUGGGAGUUUGAUACCUCCGACUCAGUACGAUGUGCCCAUCCCCAGGAAACUACAUCUCGGAUACGCGUUAAAGACCUAUUGGGAGAUAAUACCAUUGUUCUUAGUGACUUGUACCAGUUUGACUUUCAUGGUGCUUUCUAUAGGUUGGGCCUAUAUAAAUAAGGUGGAUGUAGUAUACUCGACGCACAACCGCGAGAAUAUAUCCCGUACGAUGAACCUCCGUAACCCUUCAGUGCACAAGAUUGUGAUCAUCAACCAGCGCUACGAGCCCUGGCCCGAGAUGCAGGACGUGUUGGAUAAAAUGAUGAUGGCGGAAAAACGCGCCCUGGUCAAGUUGCAGACUUGUGCACACCCG